UUAUCGAACUUACCUCAAAGAAUUUAACCUCCAAACAUAACGUAGUGUAAACCAAAUUAUUUUGUAUUUAAACUAUACCAGCCGUUUUAAUAUUAUUUAAAUAUUUUUAGUGAAAUCGACCGAUUUACGCUAAGUUCAAAUGGAAUUUCCCCUAUUUUGUGUUUUUGUACGUAUUAAAAUAAAAUAAACUGCAAUAGGUACAUUUGUGCAAGUUUUUUUGUUAAUUUUAAUUAGAACGAACCCACCGCGCUGCCAACACCGCCGUUUAUAUACAUAUACGUUACACUAUACUUAAAUAAAAGCUUAAUGCUCACUCCCUCGCGCCACAGUCGGUUGGCGCUGCUGUAAUAUUAUAUAUAUAUAUAUAUGUGCGCGCGAGGACCCGUAGCACUCUGGACGCGGAAAAACGUUUUUCUCUUUCGCAGAAAUGUAACGAGUAAUUAUCGACGGAUUACGCGGGUACACCCCCACUGGAGUCAGAUUAACCCUCCGCAACCCGGUCGCUUACACGCACACACACACACACAUAUAUAUACGUAUUGAAACAGUUUCCCCUUGGCGCCCACUCCAAACAAUACUACACCCGCCGCCGUUGAAUGGCAGUCGUCAAAACCCCGUGCAGUUCAUCGCCGAGUUGCGCUCCUCUUCCUUUUCCGCUCCCGUUCUCACUCACGGUGUACGGCAAAUCGGCUCUCGUUUAAUUAAUUUCGCCUUUUCGGUUUUCCACGCGCUAAUGAUUUCGAGUACACAACACGCUUGUCGUACAUAAUACAGUCGUCGGCGUCCCGUUCGCCAGCGCCUAAAGAGUUCGAUUAAGACGGAGCCGUGCGGCAAAUGGAUGCACUACACACCUGCUGCUGCUACGUAUAAACUGUACGCCAGACUAAAUAAUCUAUUAUAUUUUGUUCGUACUACACGAUUCAUAUCGAACAUUGCAUUGUCGGGACGGGGGAGGGCUAGCCCCCCACACUUCCAAAAUUCAUCUAAACCAUACACAUUAACAUGAUUUAAUCAAAGUUUCUAUAUGAAUAAUAAUAUACGUAAUAAAAGACGAGGAAGUGAGUUUUGACGAUUGUAUAAUUAGUUCACUACCUACCCCCGUGAUUUUGAUAGCGUGAUGACAAAAUUCAAGGAGAGUACUAGUAUGUGCUAUUUAGAUUUCAAAAAAUUCCAUAAAAAGAUCAGGUGGCGUCAAAUCGAGAAAACCUGCCGCACACUAAAAAUGACAUUAGCCAAAAUGGAUCAGAGGUUCCAGUUGAUCAGUCAUCACAGGGAUGAUAAACAGACCGAAUCACCAAGAGCGCUCAAUCCGGUGAUCAAUAAUUCUAAACCCAACAAAGUUCUGUUUUGUUUGUCCAACCAGGUGGGCACAGUGAUCCUGUACGGGGUGCCGAUCGUCUCGCUGCAGAUGGACAACCAAGAGCGGCUGUGCCUGGCCCAGAUCAGCAACACGCUGCUGCACCGGUUCAGCUACAACGAGAUCCACAACCGGCGGGUGGCGCUGGGCAUCACGUGCGUGCAAUGCACACCGGUGCAGCUGGAGAUGCUGCGCCGGGCGGGCGCCAUGCCGGUGUCGUCGCGCCGGUGCGGCAUGAUCACCCGGCGGGAGGCGGAGCGGCUGUGCAACUCGUUUUUGGGCGACAACACGCCGCCCCGGCUCCCGGACGACUUUGCGUUCGCGGUGCACCACGAGUGCGCUUGGGGUUGCCGCGGCUCGUUCCUGCCGUCCCGGUACAACUCGUCCCGGGCCAAGUGCAUCCGGUGCGCCGUGUGCGGUCUGUUCUUCUCGCCCAACAAGUUCAUAUUCCACUCGCACCGCACCGGCGCCGGGGCCCGGUACGUGCAACCGGACGCGGCCAACUUCAACUCGUGGCGCAGGCACAUGAAGCUCAGCGACGACCCGCCCGAUCACGUGGUGCACGCGUGGGAGGACGUCAAGGCCAUGUUCAACGGGGGCACGCGAAAACGGGCCGUGUCCAGCAGACCGUCACCGCCGUCGCUGCUGCAACAGCAACAGCACCAACAGCAGCAACAGCCGUCGCAACCGCUACUUCCGGCACCGCCGUCGCACGUUCGACAACAGUCGUCGGCCUCGUCGUCGCCGCCGUCGUCCGUUUCGUCGGCCGCCGCCGUAAUCGUGCAAAUGCCUCAGCCCGUUCUCCAGUCGGCGGCGGGUCAUCUGCACCAUCACCAGCACCACCAACACCGGUCGCCGGAACUGCAGCAAAAGAAAUCGGCGCCGGUCGCACCGGUGCAGGUGCCGUCCAUGCCGCUGCACCAGGCCAUGGUCGAUUACGUGUGGCAACAGCGGGCCAACCCGUUCGCCGUGGCCGCGGCCGCGGCGGCGGCGUAUUCGGCGGGAGGCGGCUUGCCCUGUUGGCUGCCCAAACUCGAGUUGGACCCACACCAUCACAACGCCAUGGUCAACCGGGGCGCAGUCGCGACCGAUUAUUCUUCCGCUUUCCGGCCGGUGUAUCCGGUCACCGUGGCCGCGGCCGCAGCUGCCGCAGCCGCAGCCGCCGCCGCCGCAGCCAAGUCGGCCGACGGCGAAGAAGACGACUGCGACGACGACGAGGCCGGCGGCGGCGGCGGCGGCGGCGGUGGUUGUUGUGUGGACGACAUGGACGAGGACCACGACGACGAUCACAACGACUGCGACGACGACGACGACGACGAAAUCGACAUCGAAACUUGUCCCGACGAGAGGAACAACACGUAGGACUCGCAGAUGGCUAUUUUAUUUUUUUUAUGGUUAUUUUUUAUAGUUAAAGUGUGUUAUUAUUACGCGAUAUGUGCGAGCUAUUAUAUUGCUGUAUAAAUUAUAAUCGACCAGUUCAGUUAUCUCGUCCAGUGGCGUUAAAUGGUUUGCGAGUCGAAGUUUACGCAAGUGGGUGAACCUAUUCUUGUUUUUAGUCAUGAAUUCUCCAUAUCACUUACAUUUGAUUUUUUAAAAAUCGUCAACCGUUAUACUUCAGUAAUAUCGAGGGUACAGUAUUUGCCACCUUAAAGGUCGCGUACCUUGUACACUGUACAGUGUGAGAUAGGCGCUACUAUAUGUAACGGUUAUUAUAUCGAUGUAUUUCGUUGACGUAGAAUAUUUGUUGGCCUACGCAUACUAUUAAUUUACAUAUACAUGUUUCAUUAUUAAUUUUUUUUAACGAAAGUUUAUACGAAUACGCAUAUUGUUUGCACAUUAGAAAGUGACUUGUUUCUUCUUUGACGCGUGAACGCGUUUGUGUAUAUUAUGUUUUUCAUCGUAAAGGUACCGCGGUAUAGAGUCUAUAAUAUUACAUAUUAUAAUGUAAUGAAUUUAUUUCUUAUUUGCAUAUCGUUUAUACUUCACCUUCUAUAAAUAUAUAAUAUGUAAUAAGUCGCGACGCACUUAACCACUACUGUUUUGUCAAAAUUACAGGAACUCUGCUGAAUAGAUAUUUGCAUAUACACUCGUACAUUAUUAAGAUAACAAUACGUGUUUUUAUGUAUUAUACAUAUUAUACGUAAACGUUGUAAUUCAACUGCCGCCUUGGUGGCCGACGAUACGCUGUAUAGAACUGUAGAGUAAUAAUAUUAUUAAACUUUUAAUCGGCACAUUACAAUAUUAUAUAUACAUAUUAUAUCUAUUGUUUAUGUAAACAUUUCGAUGUCUAUUUGUUAAACUUGAGAAAUUGUUGAAACGUAUGUUUUAUUUCCCUCCCCCUUUUUAUUCUAUACAUAGUACAUAAUAUUACAAUAUAUCAUAAUGGUAAUAUAAUAAUAAUAA